AUGCGUCGUAGAUAUGGGUUUAUGGGUAUCUUUGGAAAGCUCUCGAUGGGAAUUAGGGGGAAAUCAACUCACGCUAGCGAAGUUUACGCCUUUUACGAUGACGAAGCCGUUCAGAACGACAACGUUUCGAUGAGAGAGUUCUACAGAUACUAUUGUGCGAUUCGCGACGAACCGACGGGAGAAACGCACUUUUUAUUUCCGUACGGUAACAUAGCCCAAGAGUAUAUGUUGGAUCAAAGCGUCAAGGUGGAUCAACAACUCUACGAAUUUAUUAAGAAAAAUUACGACACUUUGUGCACCACGGCGACGGAAGUGCGUGAUUAUUUACAAAGAGAACUCAGAAAAACCGAUCCGAAUAAAACGUUAGGGAAAGUGUUGCGCCUCACGACAAGCGUCGUCGGUUCUCCCGCGUGGUAUCAGCAGUACUUCCACGAUUCGAUGGCGAUGUUUCAACGCAUAGGUAGACCGACUUUUAUGACUACGACGACGAGCAACCCGACCUGGAAAGAGGUCAAAAACAGCAUGAUGAAAAAUCAAAACGUCGUCGAUCGUCCCGACGUAUUAUGUAGAGUAUUCGCGAUCAAGAUUAACAUGAUGCGAGACCUUAUAGAAAAGAAACACAUUUUCGGUAAACCGAAGGCUUUUCUAGAAGCAUUGGAAUUCCAAAAAAGAGGCGGUCCUCACACUCAUCGCUUGAUUUCGGUCGAUUGUCCUCAUACGCCCGAAUUCGUCGACGAAUACAUUUCGGCGGAGAUACCGGUACUACCUCCGGCGAGUGACAAGAGCGAAAAAGCCGAAAUGCAAAGAAGGCUACACGAUUUGGUGAUAAAAUUGCAAAUUCACACCUGCAACUUUCAUUGCCUAAACGAAAAGAAAAAGUGUUCGAGAGGUUUUCCAAAGAGAUACUCGAACGUGACGAUAAUUUACGAAGAUAAACCGGCCGUAUACAAACGCAGAUCACCCGACGAUGGCGGCACCUUUCAUCGCACGACAAACGGUCGAGUAAUAACGAAUGCUUGGGUAGUUCCGUACAAUCCAGCUUACCUUUUGGCGUUAGGUGCUCAUUCGAACGUAGAAUUCGCAUACGGAGACGCUGCCUGCAAAUAUCUGAUCAAGUAUCAUUUCAAGAUGGGAAACUUUGCAUACGUCCAGAUCGCCGAGGGCAAUACCGACGUCGUGGAUUACGACGAGACUUGGCGCAUCAUUCGAAUGUCCCACACCGUUUAUCGUCUGAACGUACACCUGGAAGGCGAAGGACCGCAGUAUUUUAGACGCGGCGCGGAAGACAAAGUCAAAGCGAAAAUAUUCGAAGGCAACGCGAAACUUUCGCAACUCGAGAUGUUCAUGAAACAAUGUUUGGAAGAGUCGCGACAGCAAAUAAGCGAAAUUCGAAACGUCACCUUCGCCCAACUACCGGAAACGCAUUGGUUUAACCAAAAGACCAACCGAUGGCAAAAGAGAAAACGAGAAAGAAAAAUUGUAGGUCGUUUGUAUCCCGUUUUGCCCAAUCAUACAGAAAAGUUCGCCUUAUAUCAACUGCUGCUUUACAAGAAGGGCCCGCUGGGCUGGGAUGAUUUGAAAACUCCUCCCAAUAGCACGACGCCCUGUAAAACGUUCGUCGAAUGUGCAAAAUUGAUGGGUCUUCUGGACGACAUCGAAAUCUGGCGCAGAACCCUGUUCGAAGCUAGCAACGUAGGAAAUCCGAGAACGAUGAGAAAUUUGUUCGCCCAAAUCUUACUGCUCGGUUACGUCGCCGAUCCGCUCGCUUUGUGGAACGAGUUUUUGCCGCACAUGUACGACACGAGAAACUUGCGACAGAACGACGAGAUAGAAAGGUCGCGAAGAAUUAACAUAGCUCUUUGUCUACUCAAUCGACUGCUCGGGCAUCACUUCACGAACAACGCGUUCUUUCACAUUCCGAUGCCGGAAAAUUACAACGCCGUUUGCGACCACGAAAACGAGUUUUUCUUCGGCCAAAAUCGCGCACUGGACGGCGAAAACGAGUCUGAUCCUACACUGGCGGAGUUUCCGUUACAACGCAGAAACGACGACGCCAUAGAGACCGAAGACAUAGGCAAUUACGCCACUUUGGCGAGUUACCUACGCCUAAACGAGGAGCAAAAGAUCGUCGUAGACAUCGUCGUUCGAGCGAUGCAAAGUUCGCCGUCGGACGCCACGACGCCGAGACUCGUCUUCAUGAACGGUGCCGGAGGCACGGGCAAGACGUUCGUUUACAAAACGAUCAUCGACAUGUUCAUCAAAUACAGAAGGUACGUCAUCAUGACGGCGAGCACCGGAGUAGCCGCCCAACUCCUGCCCAGAGGGAUGACGGUGCACAAGGCCUUUAGCAUACCACUAGAUGUCCUCGACGUCAACAAGAUUCCGUCGAUAUCCGGUGGCAGCGUGAUGGCGCAAAGAAUUCGGAAAUCGGAAGCGAUAAUUAUCGACGAGAUAAGCAUGCUGCGCACAAAAACGUUCUUAGAAUGGUCAACGAAGCUUGCAAAAACGUCGAAGCGAAUAACGAGACGAGAAAGCUACCGUUCACCGGUCGCGGCCUCCGUGAAAAACUCCGAAAUAUUUAGCCUAUUCCAUCAGGUGAAUCUUACGAGAAACUUACGCGUCAAUGCCAACGAGGUAGAGUUCGUCGAUAUGCUCGAGCGCAUCGGUAAAGAUAGCGACAACUCCGGCGAGUUUCAAAUACCGCAGGAAAUGUUGGUUAACAGCGAGGACGAACUUAUCCGAUUCAUUUAUCCGAACGUCGAAUCGCUUCAAGUCGAAAAGGAGGUCGCGAACAAACUAAUAAUGAGCGCGAGACGCGCCGACGUCAGGCGAUUAAACGACAAAAUUUUAAACAUGCUUCCGGGCGAAGAACGCGAGUAUCUGUCCGCCGACCAGUCGUUAGUCGAUAAUCCCGUAUUGGACGUACACGCGGCCAUACACGACGUCGCAUUCCUAAACGACGAAAAUCCUUCGGGAUUUCCUCCUCACAGGUUAAGGCUCAAAAAGCACUCUAUCGUCGUUCUAAUAAAAAAUGUAGACGUCAGACAGGGCCUGGCGAACGGCACGCGCCUGUUCAUUACCGAUUUAGGUGAUAACAUAAUACACUGUAAAAUCGCGGUAGGCCCUUACGAGGGAAGAACGUGCGCUCUGGCGAUGUUACCUUUCGUUUACGAGGACAAACGACCCGACGGUAACGGUCUUCAUUUUAAAAGAACCCAAUUUCCCGUCGAUCUCGCCUACGCAUUGACGAUUAACAAAUCGCAGGGUCAGACGGUUAAUAAAGUGGCGUUGCUACUAACUUCUCCGCUAUUCAGUCACGGCCAGCUAUACGUGGCGAUGAGUAGAGUGCGCACGGCGUCCUCCAUUAAAAUUUUUACAAGCGAUCGCAACUCGAAAGUGCGAAAUAUCGUGGCGAAAAGUAUUUUCAAUUGA